CUCUAUCCUGAGAGAAAGGCAUAUAUAUACCAUGGUCCAUCUCUGCUUGUAGUCUCCUCAUCCAACAACAGCAACAGCUUCCUUCAGCAGCAUCUUCCAGUCUUUGGCUCAGCCUACAACUUUGCUAACGGCACCUCCGCCGCCGCUCCUGCUGGCUCUGGCCGUCCCACCUCCAGCCCUCUCCGCCCCAGUGGCAGUGUUGGCUCUGGUGCUGCCUCUGGACAGAACUCUACCGCUCCCAUUGACGGCAAGUUCUGCCCUGGCCUCGACCUCGACCUUUACAUCGACAACUCUGGUUUCACUUUCCAGAUUCAGUGCGACACACGUGCUGUUCCCUCCAGCCUUGACGACUGCAUGAACCUUUGUGAUGCCACCAACACUUGUGUCGGCGAUGUCCAAGCUGCCUACACCCAGCAGGGCACUCAGUUCGCUCAGCGCGUCGCCAACGGAGCUGGCAAUGGUGCUAACGGAGCUGGCAAUGGAGCCGGCAAUGGCGAGUCCACUAUCCCCGCUGGUGGUGUCGCUACCUCGACCAUCUACUCCACCAACGUUGUCACCAUCCACAGCUGUGCUCCCACUGUCACCAACUGCCCUCUCAGAAACGGUGAAGGCGCCGUCGUCACUCAGAUCAUUCCUGUUUCCGAGACCACCUACAUCUGCCCCACUGCCACCGUAAGUCAGAUCUUCAAGGAAGCGGAUGUAACAAAGCUAAUCAAAGCANNGGUUGUCCCCGCUGCUCCUAUCGCCUGUGCUGGCAACUGCCCUUACACCGCAUCUACCGCUACUGUCUUCUCUCAGACUGGCGGCUCCGUUGUGCCUGUUGCCACUACCGUCUACGCAUGCCCUCAGGCCACUGGCACCACUAUUACUACUACUAUCUGCACUGCCUGCGCUAACCCCACUGCCAACAUGAACAACGGCAACGGCGCUUCCACCCAGACCGUCACUGUCUGCAACGGCCAGAACUGCCCUGCCAUGACCUCCGCCCCUGCUUCCAGCAGCUCCCUCAUGGCCACCUACACCCCUACCCAGAGCUCCCAGAUGGCCGUCUACACCGGCGCUGCCUCCAACGUCAAGGCCGGCAUGGGCUUCGCCGCCGUUGUCGGUGCUGCUGCCCUCAUCCUC